CUCAUCCCAGGAACUGGCUAAAUAUGAAUAUAUGGAAGACCAAGUAAUAUUAACGGAGAAAGAUCUGCUGGAAGAUGGUUUUGGAGAACACCCCUUCUACCACUGCCUGGUGGCCGAAGUGCCCAAGGAACACUGGACCCCGGAAGGCCACAGCAUUGUUGGUUUCGCCAUGUACUAUUUUACCUACGAUCCCUGGAUUGGCAAGCUCUUGUACCUUGAGGACUUCUUUGUGAUGAAUGAUUACAGAGGCUUUGGCAUUGGGUCCGAAAUUCUGAAGAAUCUAAGCCAGGUGGCUAUGAAAUGUCGCUGCAGCAGCAUGCACUUCUUGGUGGCAGAGUGGAAUGAACCAUCUAUCAACUUCUACAAACGCAGAGGUGCCUCUGACCUGUCCAGCGAGGAGGGAUGGAGACUCUUCAAGAUCGACAAGGAGUACUUGCUAAAGAUGGCGGCAGAGGAGUGAGGCGUGCUGGCGUCGGCGCCGACAAGUUCCAUUCUAUUUAGAAUAAAUUCUCACCUUCUCUUGCUUUCCUUCCCUGUUUCUAGUGGAACCAUAGAACAAGCUCCCAUUCCAAAGCUUUAUUACCAGUGGCGUUGUUGCAUGUUUGAAAGGCAAGAGGCAAUUCUGUAUGGCCGUUUGCAUGCAGUUUGGAGUCCGGUUUUUGUUUUCCUUGAACAUCUUUGAUAAACAAUAAGGCAGCAGGAUCUUUAUAUAUGAACAAAAAAAAGAACACUUCAUUCUUGUGAGUCAUUUAAAUGUGUACAAUGUACACACUGGUACUUAGAGUUUCUGUUGGGAUUCAUUUUUAAUAAACUACCCUUUGAUUUA